AUGGGCUUGGUUUACACUCCUAUGGAAAAGGUUCAGAUGAGGUUGGCAAAUGUAAGCAUUAGUAGCACACUGGGAUGUGUUCAAAAUCUCCGGAUAAUGGUUGGAAACAUCUCCAGACUAUUCCAGGUGCAUGUCGCCACUAUGUUACCAGUUGGACUGCUCCUCGGAAGGCCAUUCCUCACCCUGUUCAAGUGUUUGACUCAAGAUUUUGAAGAUGGGUACCAGUAG